GCCCGAUUGUCGUCGUCGUCCUCUCUUGCAGUGGCGUGCGCCGCCGUUGCCAUUUAGCGCUCCGCGAGAACUUGUGCUUUGUUUUUUUUUCUUUCCCGUUCGUGUAUUACUGUAUUCUCCCCCUCUUCUCCGCGUGGAUUCUUUCUUUAUUCUUAUUUGUGCCCAGUGAUAGCGGACGCCUGUGAACUCUGUCACAUCGAGCAACGCGAGAUCGGCGAAGAGAGUGUUCAACGCUUUCGUCGUCUCGGAACACCGAGGAAGAUAUCGUACAUUUCCAACCUUCAGUGAUUGGAUACCUUUCUUUGUUUUUUUUUUAAUUCUGCACUCCGACUGAGGAUUGGUAUGGAGGAGGUGCUUGUCUAGCUUCAAUUGACGGUGUGAGACAGGCCGCCUAGCGACCAUCUGUGAGAUGAGAUGCCUACGAAGGAGCCUCCUAUGCGCGGUGCAUCGGACUGGGUUCCGGGAGAACAGCUCGUUAGCCGCUGCGGCAGCCGAGAAGCAACGUCCCGUGGAGCACGAUGUGUGCCCCGUACACGGCGACAAGCUACAGCAGUUGCAAGGCAUCAGAAGCCGACCAGCCGGCGCUAUCAGCGACACCGCAAGGCCGUUCCACGAGAUUCCUGGCCCUAAACCAUUGCCGGUGAUCGGAAACAUCUGGAGAUACCUUCCACUUAUAGGCGAUAUGGACCUGACGCGGAUGCAUCGGAACGCGCAGAAGCUGCUCGACCGGUACGGGCCUCUGGUGCGAGAGGUGGUCGUGGGCGACCGCGUGGUCGUGCACGUGUUCGACCCGCGCGACAUGGAGCACGUGUUCCGCCACGAAGGGCGCUACCCGGCCCGGCUCUCGCACCGGGCGCUGCUCAAGUACCGUCGCGAGCGGCCGCACAUGUACAGCAGCGGAGGGCUGUUUCCUACGAAUGGCGAAGAGUGGUUCAGGCUACGGCACAUGUUCCAGAAGCCUCUCAUGCAACGGGACGCCAUGUCUGCCUACAUUGACGUCUUGCAAGAUGUCACCCUGGACGUCGCCAACCUGGUACGGCAAACGCGGGAUAGCAGAACGCUUGAAGUUGAAGACUUCCUCAAGGAGCUCUACCAGUGGGCCCUCGAAUGCACGGGAGUGCUGGCGUUGAACACAAGGCUGGGCUGCCUUCAGCGAGGUUUGAGCAGCGAGUCGGAGCAACAGCGGCUCGUGGAGGCUGCGUCGGAGACGCACCGCAUCAUCAUGGUCACGGAGAACGGGCUGCCUUUCUGGAAGUUCUGGAACACUCCCGCCUACCGGAAGCUGGUCCAGUCGCAGGACUUCAUGGCCAGUGUAGUCAGCAAGUACCUGGAGAGGAUGAAAGUGGCGGAUGAGAACGCCGAAACCGGAAGGGAGCUCACCGUGCUCGAAAAGUUCCUGUCUACGCCUGGAGCCGACCUCAAGGAUGUCUUCGCCAUGAUACUCGACAUGUUCCUAGCCGGCAUCGACACGACAGCGUACUCGACCACAUUUAUCCUCUACUACCUGGCAAGGAACCGGCGGUGUCAAGACAAGCUGGCCCUGGAGCUAGGAACGCUGCUUCCCACCAAAGACUCCAAGCUCACCAUGGAACAACUGCACGAGGCGGUGUACCUCAGAGCCUGUAUUAAGGAAAGUCUAAGACUAAGCCCCAUUGCGAUAGGCGUCGGCCGGGUUCUUCCAGAAGACAUCGUGCUCUCCGGAUACAAUGUUCCUGCAGGGACUGUGCUCAUCAUGCACAACCAAGUGGCCUGCCGCCAGGAGAGCAACUACCCGGAGCCCGACGCGUACUGGCCCGAGCGGUGGCUGAAGGAGCGCAGCGAGGGGGGCCGGGCGCACCCGUUCACUCUGCUGCCGUUCGGCUACGGACCACGGAUGUGCGUCGGCAAGCGCUUCGCCGAGACCGUCAUGUGCCUGCUCGUGGCCAGGAUCGUUCGCAACUUCGUCUUGGAGUACAAACACGAGGAUCUCGACUGCUUCACGCGGCUCAUCAACGUGCCAGACAAGCCGCUCAGGAUGACCUUCAUUGACAGAAAUUCAUGAGCCCCGAGCGCUAAACAUCCGUGCGGGGUUUUAAGGUUCUCCCAACGCUUCCUAAUGAGGAGAGCUUUUCGUAAAGUGUGUGGCCUGAUGACGGAAGCAAGACCAGCCUGUGCGCCUCCGUCGACUCGCCGCUUUCGCCGAAGAUGAACUAAUGGAAGCACGCAGUGACAACGCCAUCAGAGGUUGCAGCCAUUCCGUGUGUAGCUAGUUCAACGAUGACAAAGAAAGACGCACACCGACCAAGCAAAGCUGAACGAUCGAUCGCAGUGCCCGGGGCCGUGCCGCAGUGGGGAAGGGUGUGAAUUCGCUUUCAUGCUUGAGAGUCACAUGUGUCUCACAGCCACCAGCUAGCGCUUGUUGUUUACGUUCACAUCGUUGAAGAUCGAAUCCCGGCCAAGGCGGCCGUAUUUAGAUG